AAACCGGGCUUGUGGUUUGCAGCGUUUGUUUUGUGGCUGUACACACUGUUUGCUACGGAAUUACAUUAAAUGAGUUACAAGAUGUAGACCGUUGGAAAUGCCAACGCUGCGCUCUUUCACCAAAUUUAGUUAAAUGUUGCAUAUGCCCUAACCAAGGUGGAGCCUACUCUUUGAUGAGCACUGGAGACUUUAUACUUACCUCUUGUGCUAUUUGGGCCCCUAAAGUUUCUUUUUUGCCAGCAUAUACGCCAUUCCUUCCCAAACUUUUGAAAGGGGUUGCUAAGAGCGAAAAAUCAGAUCCGUCUUCUUUUAAACUUCCGGCGGAUGUAUCCACAAAGCAAGCUAAAAAAGAAAUAUUAGAAAACUUACAAGGGCAAUUUCAAGGUAUUGAUCGGAUUCCCAUUUCUCGUUGGAAACUAAAAUGCAUUUUCUGCCAAAAAGUCGCCCUAAAGGAAAAGUGCCUGAGCACUCCAAACAUACAAUGUUAUAAAAAAACUUGUUAUAACACAUUUCACGUGACUUGCGCCCAGAGAUACGCUUUUGUUGUUAACCUACGGGAUCGUUUUCCUCACUUUAGCUCGUUCAGAGCUUAUUGCUCACACAAGCACAACGAAGUAAAAACAGAGUUCCCUGAAGAGGUCUCUAUGCUGGAGUCUAUGACGCGUGUUGUUGCGCGGUAUCCGGCUGACGGCUUUUGGUAUGCGGGCGUCGUCAGUGAAGUACUAACAAUAUCCGGAUUUUGCUACGUAACCUUUCCUGACGACGAGCGGCCAAUCAUUACUCGACUUUCCGAUAUUACGUGCCCUAAUAAUUCUGCUAAAGAUUUAGAAAUUGGAGACCAAGUUUAUGUUGAGUAUGGCUCUACUGUUUACAACAAAAAAUUGGGAAGAUUUCAGGGUCUCAAGAAUUUCUUUUCGUAUAAGGUUUUGUUCAGCGACAACAAGCGUUCUACUCUUAGAAGAGCUGACGUAUGUACUUUGGAAGAGUGGAUGUAUCAAAGGCCAAAAAACGCUGCGACGGGAAGUAUGGAGGUUUUAACUGCCUCUUCCGAUAGAAUUGCGCCUUUUUUGUCACCCCAGCGAGCAACUACUUAUGAGGAGUCAAGAAGGAAGGGGUUCACCCGUGCAAAAAAAGUAAAGCUGUCUUCUGAUUUGGUGCCGUUCACGUGGACAAGAGCACAAUCCGGCACGGAGAAUACUAAGACCAGCCAAUCCCCUGAACGUGGGAGUCUCAAGGUUGGGGAGAGACCCGAACGAGCGGGUGAUCGAGCUUUUGCAGAGGGCGUCAGCCAUCGGGAAAGUUCAAUUGACUCUGCGAGGGCACCACCACCUGAUAAAGGAGCAAAGCAGCAAUCCAAGCAGCCGUUUGUCUGCGCCAAUAAAAGUUGCCAGAAAACAGUAGAAAACAACUUUGAUCUUUGCUGCAGUGAGGCUUGCGCAGCCCUUUACGGCCGAGCCAUGUACAAUAAGUGGAUUCAGGCAAAAAAACAGGCACAAUAUAUUUGAGAC